AUCUAUUACCGAUGUUGGCUGUAAUAGCCAUUCUGAUGUUUAAGCGCGGAUUAGGGAUUCCCCCAAUUCGUUACCAACUUUUCUAUUUUCUACCCUCAUCCUCUCCGACAUUUCGUAAGAUGACAACAUUGAAAGCCAAAGGGAGGGCGAGAGCAGUGGAAAUAGAAAGGAAAAAUGAGCUUAAAACAUCACCAUAACUCCAACUCCGCAGCAUCUGCUCAAUCUCUCUCUUUUGAUGACAUUGCCGACUUCUUCUCUCUUCCCCUUGACGACGCCGCUUCCACUCUUGGCAUUUGCACCUCUGAUCUCAAGAAAAUCUGCCGUGAAAAUGGUCUCGACAGAUGGCCUCACCGCAAGUUUUUAGCUGGAAAAAGCGUCGAAGAAAUCAAGAGGCAUGCAGCUAGAGAAAGAAGGGAAUUCGCUGAGCUUUCAAAGGCUCAUCGGCAGAGUCACAUUGCUGUCGAGUGCAACUCAACCACUAUGUGUUGGAACUGUAAGGAGCCAGGGCAUCUUGCUGGACAAUUCCCCUAUGAGCCUGUUUGCAAUAUGUGUGGUAAGAUGGGUCACUUAGCUCAAGAUUGCCUAAAUCCCAGACUUCCGGCUCAUGAUGCAAGACUCUGCAACAACUGCAACAAGGCAGGUCACUUUGCCGCCGACUGUACGAAUGAGAAGGCUUGCAAUAACUGUCAUAAAAUUGGUCACCUUGGUCAUGACUGCCAUAACAAGCCAGUUUGCAAUAUCUGCAAUAUAUCAGGUCAUGUAGCCAGACAAUGUGCCAAGUCGAAACUAUCAUCAGUCAUAGGAGGCCACUUCCGGGACAUUGUUUGCCGCAACUGUGGCCAGCCAGGCCAUAUUAGCCAGGACUGCGUUUCCAUCGUCAUAUGCAGUAACUGUGGUGGAAGGGGUCACCUUCAUUACGAGUGCCCUUCAGCAAGGAUGUAUGACCGCAGUGGCGUACGUAGGUAUUAACUACUUAACUAACCAACUUUUAUAUGAUUCAUUCAUUAUCAUCCCUUUGUUUAACUCAUCUUUAUAAUUUGAUUUUCAAUUGAUUUAUUCUUGAACUGAUACGCCAUUGUUGUUCUGUAAUUAAGGUCGCAGUUUCCUCUGCCUUGAAAAUUGUCUUAUUUUUCUCCA